UUAGGCAGCUGGUUAUAUUUUCAAGAAUGAUUUUUUCCUCCUGUCUCUCUAUACUUUGGCAUAGCUAUAGAGAGAGAGAGAAAUCUUUUUAUAGAUAGGUGCUUUAUAGAAAAAUCGAGUCUAAACAAUCUUGCCAACUUAAUAAAUUACUGUUCCGGUACCAAAUUAAUGCAAUCUUUAAUCUUGUUCCCCACAAGAACUCUAUGAUUAUGCUAUAAAUAGAGGAAUGUUCAUUAGUUUCCUAUCACAGCUCAAUAAGUAGUUCUAUAAAGUAUAUAUAGUUUGAAACAAGGCAAAAAAUGGGAUUAAAGGCAUUUAUGCUUAUCGUUUUGGCGAUUUUUCUUGCAAUAACCUCAGAGGUUGCAGCUAGGGAGUUGUCUCAGAGCUCCACCACUUCUCCGGACAAGGGACAUGCAAAUGAGGUAAAUGAUGCCAAAUUUCUAGGAAUCGGAGGUCCAGGAGCUGAAAUUCCGGGAAUCGGAGGACUUCCAAUUCCAAGAAUUCCGGGAAUCGGAGAACUUCCAAGACCAGGAUCAGGAGGAGAAUCUGGUGGUGGAAGUGGUUAUUAUAACAGCUAUACCGGAGAAGGAUAUGGUGAAUAUUAUCCUGCUGAUGGUUACGGUGGAGGAUAUCGUAGAGGUGGUUGGUAUGGAAGAUUUCCUCGCAACUAAUUAAUUUAAGGUUAAUUAUUUCCUAAAUCUUCAUUCAUUUACUAUGGAUGGAUGAUUAUCAUGUCAUGUUUCGUUAAAUAAACAUACUAGGAGACUCAGAGAACUUAAUUUAUAUACGUAAAUCCUUGUGCGUUUGCACGUCAUUUACAUGCAAAUAGUAUGAAACCCAGUGAAGUUAUGCGUAUUUUCUUUGUAUCCGUAAUCUUUGUUCCGCUUUAUAUAACAGUAUAUUAUUGUUGAAUUUAAGUUAUGUAUUCUAAAGGUGGAUUUUAUAUACUCUAAAUGUUA